CGCCAAAGCACAUGCACUGGACAACGAGAAAUAGUUAAUUUCCAUGCGGAAUUAGAAAUGUAGCCAUAUCCAGUUUUAAAACGCCGACUUUUAGAUGAUGGCUGAUAUUAGAGCGAGGUACAUUUGAAGGUGGCGUGCCUGUCCAGAACCCUUAAGUUUGAGUAACCAUGGCAGCUGGAGUGGCAUCAUGGCUUCCCUUUGCCCGAGCAGCUGCCAUUGGCUGGAUGCCAGUGGCAAACUGCCCUAUGCCCGUGGCUCCCAGGGACCAUAGUAAGAAGGAAGACGAGCUGAUCAUCCUGAAUGUCAGUGGGCGCCGUUUUCAAACCUGGAAGACCACUCUAGACCGCUACCCAGACACACUCCUAGGCAGUACAGAAAAAGAGUUCUUUUACAAUGAGGAAACUAAAGAAUACUUCUUCGACAGGGACCCAGAUGCUUUUCGCAGUGUCCUCAACUUCUACCGCACAGGCAAGCUACACUAUCCUCGAUAUGAGUGCAUAUCAGCCUAUGAUGAGGAACUUGCUUUCUUUGGCAUUAUUCCUGAGAUUAUUGGUGACUGUUGUUAUGAAGAAUACAAGGAUCGUAAGCGAGAAAAUGCUGAGCGACUCAUGGAUGACCAGGACGAGAACAAAGACAUCAAACUACCCAACAUGAACUUUCGGGAGACCAUGUGGCGAGCCUUUGAGAACCCCCACACUAGCACCAUGGCCUUGGUGUUCUAUUACGUCACUGGCUUCUUUAUUGCCAUUUCCGUCAUCACAAAUGUGGUGGAAACUGUUCCAUGUGGUUCCACACCCAACCAAAAAGACAUGCCAUGCGGUGAACGUUACACUGUGGCCUUCUUCUGCAUGGACACGGCCUGCGUGAUGAUCUUCACCGUAGAGUACCUCAUGCGCCUGUUUGCGGCACCCAGUCGCUACCGGUUCAUGCGAAGUGUUAUGAGCAUCAUUGAUGUAGUGGCCAUCCUGCCCUACUAUAUUGGCCUGGUGAUGAGCAACAACGAGGACGUGAGCGGUGCCUUUGUCACCCUCAGGGUCUUUCGAGUGUUUCGAAUCUUCAAGUUUUCACGCCAUUCUCAAGGUCUUCGGAUCCUAGGAUACACACUGAAGAGCUGUGCCUCUGAGCUCGGUUUCCUCUUGUUCUCGCUCACCAUGGCCAUCAUCAUCUUUGCCACAGUCAUGUUUUAUGCAGAAAAGGGGUCCAGCUCCAGUAAAUUCACUAGCAUUCCAGCCUCUUUCUGGUAUACCAUUGUGACAAUGACCACGCUCGGUUAUGGAGACAUGGUGCCUAAGACGAUUGCGGGGAAGAUUUUUGGUUCCAUCUGCUCCCUGAGUGGGGUGCUGGUAAUAGCCCUACCUGUGCCUGUGAUCGUGUCCAACUUUAGCCGAAUCUACCAUCAGAACCAGAGGGCAGAUAAGCGGCGUGCUCAGAAGGUACAGAAAGCCCGCUUGUCCCGAAUAAGAAUAGCCAAGAUGGGCAGCUCCAAUGCCUACCUACAGAGCAAACGCAAUGGACUCUUCAAUGAGCUGUUGGAUCUGACGGGCACAGAGGGGGAGGAACUGCACCGGAAUAAAACCACAUCUCUACUGGAAAGUCAACACCACCACCUAUUGCACUGCUUAGAAAAAACAACCGAUCAUGAGUUUGUAGAUGAGCAGAUGUAUGAGCUGAACUGUACCGAGAACGCUCUGCAGAGUUUCCUGUCCCGCAGUCCCUCACUAUCCAGUCAUGAGGGUUUCACUGGAACCUGUUGCUCGCAACGCUCACGGAAGAAUAUUCCACUACCCAACUCCAGCAUGUCCACCACACACACCCAUAUGCAUUCACAAGGCCUCCAGGAGCUCAGCGCUAUUGACAUUCAGUGUGUGGAGCAGCCCAGCCAUGGUACCAGCCGUUCCAGCCUCAACCUGAAGCUAAACGAGACGAGUCGAAUGAACAAUAGUGGGCAACAGAUCAUCACGGCCAUCAUCAGUCUCCCCUCACCACCCCCAGUCACCUCCGAUGGACAUGGGCAUGGACCGCCCAACCCCCCUGUCACCAUCAGCACCACAACCAGUUUGAAUGUGGUCAAGGUGUCAGCCCUGUGACGGGAUGUACUGUUAGCAUGUGACAGAUCUGUGACCACAAGGGGCUCUGACACAGUCAAAUCCACUGGACACCUUAGGGUAGAACCAUAGAUGCCAGACGGGGGUGGGGGGGGCAUAUGCAAAGAGGCCAAUGCAGUCAAGUGUUUCAUGAGUUACUUUAUCAUGAGCCAGUGAGAGAGAGGAUGUGUCUCUGUGUUGGCAAUCAAUUUCCGAAGAGGUAAAGGUAGUAUAUUCACUAACAUGUUGGCACAGAAAUGUGAUUAAGGGAAGAAUCGUACAGUGCAAAGUCACAAAAUUGAAAGUGGUGUUCUAUUAAAACAUUUCAUUCCAGUUUGGUUGUUUGUCAGUCUGUACCAUAGGCACACAGUAUGUGCAAAAAUCUAAGGAUUUUGAUAUUGUGUGAUAUUCACAAUGUUACAGUGGAAAUCUGUGUUUGUAAGAAGUAUGAAUAUGUGUCUGUUCCAAAACCUGGUGACCUAGUUCAGCGCAAAGGCUGCUCUGCUUCAAUCUAAGAUAGCUUCUUUUGGCCAAUUUCUAAGGCUGUACUGCUUGUUUGCAGAGAAAUCCAAGAUGGCAGACAAAGCAAUGUAAUAGUUGAAUAUAAAUAUAUUUCAUUCAAUACUGCAAAUAAAUUAUAAAUUAUAAUAAAUUAUAUAUUUUACACAGAAUUUCUGUUAUAUGUAGUUUUAUAUGAGUAUUGCACCAUUAGCUUAGCAACAUGCUAACACCAAAUUCUAUUUAAAUCAUUAAGUUGCUGCCUAUGUAGACUGUUCCAAAUCAGUGACUUAAGGGGGUCACACACCGGACACAUCUGGAUGAUGACAUGGCACGUUCUAAAAUUCAAAACAAUUGUUUUCUAUGAAGGUAUGCACACUGCCACUGCCGCUUGCCGUCUGUCGGCGGCGCUCUGCUACGUUUUCAGAAGCUUCUCAAAUUUCUGCCAUGCAAUGUAGCGCAACUCAAUAGAUUUCCAUUAAAUUCUAAAUUUGAUAGCUUGAAUUAAAACAUAUUUAAGGCUUCAUACAUAAUAAACUUUGCCAUUAGUUUCUACAGUUACACCAGUUUAAUACUCUAACCUGCAAGCUCAUCAACGUCACUUUGUUAAUUCUUGAAGACGUAUUUUUUGUGUGUAUGUUGACUAUUCACAACUUUGGACUGCUGCACUGCAUCGGCGUGCACAAUGUGGCAUGGCGCUUCUCUUCCAGUGUGCGACCUCCUUUACUGUACGAGAUUCCAUAGGAUGCUGCCUUUAAAGGUUGCUGAUCAUGUGCUCAAUAGACAGCAAAGGCAGCUCACUAGGUUUUGGAGCAGAGCCCUUGUGUACUUUGGAAAAGACGUUUGUGUUACACAAUCAGCCAAAUGAACUCUAUAGAAUCUCGAAAGAUUUUCACAAUGAUAUCUAUUCAACAACAUUAACUAUUUAUAGAGAUUUUGUUCUUUGUAGAGAAUGUGAUCUAGCCUAAUGCUUUUUUCUCACUCCGAUUCCACAAUCUACUCUGAAUUACCCUUUUAGUUUCUCACAUCUGUUUUCCCUCACUUCUUUCUUUACCCACUUAUACUUUCAAUUUGCUCUCUUUCUCUUGCUCAAUAUGGAAAAACUGUGAUUUUAAAUAGCUUAUUUUCUUCUUUUUUUCACAUUUCCUUAGCAUAGGCUCAAUAGUUUUUUUCACUAAUAAGUAUGUUGAUGUGACAUUAUUAACAGAUAUUGCAGCUUACAUAUACAAAAGUAAUACAAUAUAUUGCACCUUAGUGAAAUGAGAUAUGAGAGCAUAAACUGAGACAUGAGAUCAUUGGCCUGUUGAAUGUUAAAUUGUUUUUGUCAGCUCAUUGUGUCUGUAAUGGAGGAAUAGAGCUCUGAAUACAGGGUAACUGAUAGACUCUGCAGAAUAUCCUUAAAAUUAGGAUAAACCUUAAAGGGAUAGUACACCCAAAAAUGAAUAUUCUGUCAUAAAUGUACUCACCUUCAUGUUGUUCCAACCCGUUAUGACUUUCUUUCAUUGAACAUUAAAGGGUGUGUUAGUGACCAACAACCUCAAUCACCAUUCACUAACAUUGAAUAGAAAAAAGAUUAUAUAAAAGUGAAUGUUGACUAACAAACUACCCAACAUCUCCUUUUGUUAUCAACAGAAGAAAGUCGUAUGUGUUGGAAACAACAUGAGGGUGAAUAAAUGACAGAAUGUUCCUGGUAACAGAAUGUUCAUUUUUGGGUGAACAAUUCAUUAUAGAAAGUUAUUUUCAAAUAUGGUUUACCUAAAAGUCAGAUGAUGUUAAUUAAAGGUACAUGUGCGUUGAUUAUAAUUCUUCAGAACGUGGUGUGAUGGUGUCAUCACCAAACAGGAAGUGGAAGAUUUGGUUAAUGGUGCAUUAAUGUCAUGUCUGAAUUAUUGUAAUUAUGAGAUGCAACGCAAAAAUUCUUCUUAGAGCUGUUCACCUCCUCAGACUCAGAAUUAAUUUGUUUCUAUGGCAACACUCACAUUUCCAAAAUGGAUAUAUGUGCAGCUUUGUUGUGAAAAAAUGUAAAUAGUAGUACAGUAGUUACCUAACUACCUGUAACUGUACCUGCUGCCAGUUUACAUUUCUUUGCAUGACAUAACCAUGAUCAAGUAAGAGAAUUGGUUAGCUCAUAAUUACAAUAAUUUUGAAAUGAUGUUAACACAGCAUAUGGUCCUAGUGAGUGUUACAAAUGCUACAAAAACAACAAACAAAUGUUGUUUUGAUGUAUAAUUUUUAGUCUUUCUUGUUAAUUUUCAAGUCUGUGUUACUGUUGUCUGUUAAAUUGUUCAUCAAGUCUUCAUUACAGGAAGAAAAAACAAAUAGAAAAUUUUUCUAUUUAUAAAACUUUUCUCUAAACAUAAAUCCUCCUACAUCCUUCUUUAUGCCUGUUUAGCA